AUGUCGGCAAACUCAAACUCGGACGGAAUGGACCUCGACUCUCGACCCAUUGAGGCACACAACGCAAUGAUCCAGCAUUAUGCCUACAACGCUCCCUCAAGUCUCGAACAACAGCGCCAGUAUCAACAGCAGUUCCAAAUGAUUCAGCAGGGCCAAGGGCAAGGUCAACAGGCGCAAGGGCAAGCACAAGGAGAACAGUACCCCCCACAAUAUCCAUUCCCACAACCACCUUUGUCCCAUCUCCAGCAGUAUCAACAGCAAUUUCAACAGUACCACAACCAACAACAGCAACAGCAACAACAGCAACAACAGCAAGCCAACCCCACCUUCAACUAUCAACAGUCAACACACCAACAACAGCAACAGCACCUUUAUCCACCCUCACAUGCAUCCGGCUACCCUGGAACUGAAUGUCAUUCGAUGACACCUUCGUCGGGCCGAUCUGUCGAGACCGAGAUGCCCAGCCUGGCCUUCUCCGACAACUCCAACAACUCGACCUCCUCCAAGGUGAUGAUGCCUCAGGGGACGGUCCGGGCUGUCGCUGUUCCCCCUUCCCCAUCACCUUCCGUCUCACCCCAAGCAGCCGACAGUCUUGAAGGGGUCGAUGGAGACUAUUUCUUGACCUCGGUCCUCAACAUGAUCGCCCCCAUGGGAGUGGCUCCUCCCGUGCCUCAUUACGACUACCUCGCAGAGUUCACCCAACGCCAACGGAUCGCCAAGGGUGGCAACGGCGAGAUUCGUCGUGCCCAAUGGGCCUCGCGCCAGGCUGUCGUCAUUCUCAAGAGUCUAAUCGACACCAAGCACACCCCAGCCAAGAUCGCCAAACUAUUUGACAAGGAGGUCGAAGUGAUGAACCAGUGUGGUCACCACGAUAACCUGGUUCAGUUCUAUGGAGUCGCUAUCAGGAACUGUGGCGAUGAACGCAAUGGAGAUCGAUUCAUGAUCAUGCAGUACUACGAGCACGGAGAUCUUGUCAAGUUGCUCGAAGCCCCUGUAGGUGCACCCGAGGCCCCCUCCUUGGAAGACCGACUUUACCUCGCCAUGGACAUCGCCGUAGGUCUGGGGCAUCUUUAUAACUGCGGGUUCCACCAUGGAGACCUCCACCCCAAAAACAUUCUGAUCGACCUCCGCAGGAACCGCGCGGCUCACGAGGGCCGCUAUCUUGCCCGCCUCACCGACUUUGGACUUCGACGCAUCCGUGACAACAAGAAUGCCUUUUCAAGUCAACAGUUUGGGGGUGUCUGGCAGUUCAUGGCUCCCGAGAGAAUGGCCAAGAAUCGACCCCGCUACGACAUCCGAUGCGACAUUUUUGCGCUGGGUGUCAUCUACUGGUUCAUCAUGGCCGGUCGAUACCCCUUCAAGGACUUUUCUACAUUCCGACCAGGCGCUCGUGAACGAAUGAUUGAUGGCACCCCUCCAUGGUACCACGCAGUUUACACUCAGGCAUGGACCGAGGACCCCAAUGCCAGACAGCAAACACUCUACGAGAUUAUCAAUGUAUUCCGACAUCAAUUGGGCAUCCCAGCACCACCCUCGACACAAUAUCUGGAUCCCAACUACACCCAACCUCCAUACCCACCCUCUGCUUCAUACGGAUACGAGCAUGGCAACUACCCUUCUCCACAAUACGAUGCACGACUCUUUUCGGACUCGAGCAGUACCAAUGGAGGUAUGACUGCUCGAGGCUCUCCCAUGUUGACCCCAGCACCGAUGCUGACCCCAACAUCCCUCAACAGGAGCGGCUCGCCCCACCCACCAUCACCGUUGCUUUCAAAUGCAGCUGCCUCCUCAUCGUCGACAUCGACUCCGCGCGCCAGUCAUCCCAACCACCCUCGCUACCGGAAACCAGUUAUUCCGAAUGGGUUGCCUUCUAAUCCUUACCGUGCCUAA